ACAAGUACAGAACAUACAAAGUCCAUGCAUGUAGUGUCAUGCAGGGGCGGACUGACAACUCAUGGGGCCCCCGGCAAUAGGGGAUCAUGGGGCCCCUGUGUCCUCACCCACAUUCAAACCACACCCAAAAAAGCCUAUGAAUGGUACUAGGGGCAUCUCAUGGGGCCCCUUACUGACCCCAGGCCCUCAGGCAGUGCCCAAGUUUCCGAAUGGUCAGUCCGCCCCUGGUCCCAACCAUGACACUACAUGCAUGGACUUUGUAUGUUUUGCACUUGCGUGGGUUUCCUCC